UAAAGUACUUAAUAGUGAAGGAACAAUUGAUUGUAUAUACAUAUAUAUACAUAUACACACACGUUUAUCUUCCUUUCAAUAGGUUUAUUUCUCUCUUUUUGUUGUUCUAUUCCGUUUCUCUCUUCAGUCCUUAGUUCUUUCCUUCCCCCUUGUUUAUUAAUUAGUCGUUCUACAGUAUUACGAACAAAUCUUUCAAAGAAUACGAUUGCGUGUCAAAGGAAAUACGAGUCAAUCGUGACUCGAUCGUAAAUUGUUAUCUUGUUCUAUUGAGAUUUAUUGAUUUGUUAAUUAAAAGUAUGACAAAUAACAUAACAAAUAUACGGAAUUUGUAAAUUUGUAUCGUGCAAAAUUUACAAAGGUAACUAAAUUAAGAAAAAUAGUGUAAAUGAUUGAUAAUUAUUAAAUAUAAUGAUUACUUACUCCUUGCAAUAAUGUCUAAAAAGACUAAUUGCAACAAGAUGUUGGUUCAUCAGUUAUCAUCAGUGCUACCUGAUGAUAGACCAAUCACAGCCAUUAGUGUUGUUGAAGAUAUAGAUAAAUGUCCACCAAAUUUUACAGUGGUAUCAAGAACGUAUGAUCAAGAUACUGAUGCUGAUUUAUGGAGAGAAAGUGGGCUUUUUAUUAAAAAAAAAGGUAGAUAUAUAUGUUUUUCAAAGACUGAAGGUUUACCUCAGUGUGUUGUUGAAGAUAUAGCAGUCAUUAAUGAACGAGAUACUCCUCCAGAAGGAUACAGCAUAAUUUCUUACACUGUAGAUUCAAUGCAGAAAGCAUGGAGAAAAAAGCAGGUGUGCUAUAAAAUUAAAAAUAAAGAAUUAUGCUCAAAAGCAGUUACUGAUAUUAUCAUAUGUAGUAGACUUAUACAUAAAGUUUAUAAUACAUCCAAAAUGGCACCAAACGGAUUUAUUGCUGCUGGUAUUAUCAAUGGAGUUUGUGUUUGCUAUAAAACUGUGGAUAUUGUAAAUGAAAAUUCAAAUUCACAAUCAUAUGUUAAUAUAGAUUUACUUCAAAGUGUUUCUCCAAAUUCAUCAAAUGGAACAUCCCAUAGAAUACCUCCUGAAAGACCACCAAAACCUACAAAUGGGGUUUAUCCACAAAUUAGUGGAAGUGGAGGAAAGGAUAUAGAAGAAUCUGAUGAUAGAGAUUAUGAAAUUUUGAAUCCUAAUGCAAGAAUUAGACCAACUAGACCUGCUCCACAACCUCCUACGUCAAUAAUUACUGGAUCUACAUCAAUUUAUGGUACACUGCCAGGAUCUUCUGAUUUAGAUGGAGUUCCAUUUAUUCUAAAUUCACGUCUUAGUGUUCAUUCUGAUUCUUCUACUAAUAAACUUCCUGUAAUUAAAAUUUGGACUCAAGAAAAUUUGGAUAAAGAGUUUUUUUAUGACUUUCGUGCAGAGAGAGAAACUUGAAGAAACCACUGUGCCAAAUUAAUUGUGUGAUUCUUCAUGCAAUUUUUCAGCUAUGUCUAUACAUUUGUAUUGAUAAUGUAGCACUAGCCAAGUGUAAUAGAGUGCCUGAACGAAUGAUUCAUACUAAUCUGCGAAAAUGGAAUCCUUUUAAAACAUUUACCGAUGAAAUGUUUGAAUUUAAAUAUUGUCCAUUUUCCAAAGUACUUUUUUCUUCCAUAUUCUAUUUAGAUUUUGAUACCAGUGACAGUUAGCGUUGUAUUUUUAUAGAGUUGCGUUGUAUUUUUAUAGGUAGUAGAAAUUAUAUAUAAUUGUAUCAUAUGUUCUAGUUGUUUAUAAAUCGUCAUAAAAUACUUAAUAUUAUACUGGUGUAUUCCUAUUUCUUAAUCAAACGCAAAAAUCUUUCAAUAAAAUUAUUUUUAAUUUUA